GAGCGGGGCUGCGCCGGGGGACGGGCUCCGGGAGCGCCGAGCCGUGCCGAGCAGCGCCGUGCCGCGAGAUCGCUGGAGUCGCCGCCGCCGCCGUCCCGUUCGAAACCUGGAUUGCAGGAGCGCUUCACCAUGCCCGGCAGACUGUAGUUGCUUCAUGGAGCAAGCCAAUUUCUACGAGGUCGAUUCCCGGCCCCCGAUGAGCAGCGGCCAGCACCACCAGCUCCAGACUCCCCUGCCCGGCAGCACCUACAGCUACAGAGAGGCUCCCUCGGCGGCGGCACCUGCUGCGGGCGGCGCGGAGCUCGGCGAUAUCUGCGAGAACGAGAACUCCAUCGACAUCAGCGCCUACAUCGACCCCGCCGCCUUCAACGACGAGUUCCUGGCCGACCUCUUCCAGCACAGCAAGCAGCAGGAGAAAGCCAAGGCCAUCCUGGCCGGGGAUUUCGACUUCCACACCAUGCACGGAGCCGGCGCCGCCGCCUCGGCGCCGGGGCACCAGCCGCAGCACCACCAGCAGCCGCUCUUCGGCUGCGUGCCCGGCUACAUGGACGGCAAGCUGGACCCCCUGUACGAGCGCAUCGCCGCGCCGGGCUUGCGGCCGCUGGUGAUCAAGCAGGAGCCCCGCGAGGAGGAGGAGGUGAAGUCGGCGGCCCUUUCGGCCCUCUAUCCCCAUCACGCCCCGCAGCAGCACCCGUCCCACCUCCAGUACCAGAUCGCCCACUGCGCCCAGACCACCAUGCACCUCCAGCCCGGGCAGCCCACGCCGCCCCCCACGCCCGUGCCCAGCCCGCACCACCCGCACCACCCGCACCCUCCCGGCGCCCUGUCCGCCGCGGGCACCCUCAAGAUGAUGCCCUCGGACCACCGGAGCAAAUCGAAAAAGACAGUGGACAAGAACAGUAACGAGUACCGGGUGCGCCGGGAGCGCAACAACAUCGCGGUGCGCAAGAGCCGGGACAAGGCCAAGCAGCGCAACGUGGAGACGCAGCAGAAGGUGCUGGAGCUCACCACCGACAACGAGCGGCUGCGCAAGCGGGUGGAGCAGCUCACCCGGGAGCUGGAGACUCUGCGGGGCAUCUUCAGGCAGCUGCCCGAGAGCUCGCUGGUGAAGGCCAUGGGCAGCUGCGCCUAGCGCCGCGCCGGGGCCGGCCGGGCUGCGCUGCCCUGCCCGCCGCAGAUACUGUAGGCACCGGCGUGCGGCAAGCGCCGUGUGCCGGCGGGAGGGGAACGGGGGGUUGUUUUGGUUUGGUUUUGUUUCGUUUCGUUUGUUUUUUAUCGAUUCGCGACCUAUACAAGAAGCCAGGCAGCUCUAGUAUUAAAAGGUUUGUGCCUUAGAGAUGACACACGAGUAAGCUGAAAACAUGGUGGGUUUUCUAAGGAGAGAGGCAAGGGGAGGAAAGAAAAGACCACGUGUCUACACAGGGUAAAUAACAGUAAUAAUAAUAAUAAUAAUAACAAUAACAGUCAUAAAGCACACAUAGCAACCCAGAUGUGCCUUAAAAGCUGGCUGCAGGAGCUCUGGGGCUUACUGUGCCCUCCAGCCUUGCAGGGUGCGAGGAGAAGGAACGAGGGACGUGCAGGCUUGGGGGCUGCGGUGUCUGGGGUGUCCUUGCUGAGCCCUUCCAGCUGGCCUGCAGUGCAGCAGGCAGGAGCAGCUUUGGGGCAGCCAGCGAUGAGAAGAGGAUUUGAGGCUGAGC